GCCCGUGCCGUGCCGGUGGAUCCGUUAUACAAAUGCAACGUGGGCCGUGGAGAUUUGAUAUUUGAUCUGAAAGGAUAAGGAACGUCGUGUCGCAUUGCGUGUUCGUAGAGAUGACGAAUUUGCAUACGUGAAAUAAAAGGCGAGAAGAAAUAUAUACUCUUCGUGGCGCAUGAUUGGUCCGGCCGAAUUACGCUUUAUGAAAAGUUACAAUCUUUGAUAAGAGAAAUUUAUGAAAUUUAUAAUUCAAGCGGUAUCGCAGAGCGAGAUCGGCGGAGGAGACUCUGAUCCUGAUCAGUCUGAUGGUCUGAUCGUCGCGAGGAGCAUGCCUUUGCGAUUGCAUCACACGCCACACGCCUGAGGUCUGAAAAUUCACGUUCCGCGGGGGACCGCGCGCCGUUCCCCGUCGAGGCCUUCACCCCGAAGCCGAACCUCCAGCGCGAGCUCGAUCGCGCAGCCGAUGCCAUGUACGGAGGAGGAAUGAUAAGGUUAUCUAAGCGUAGGUUCCUCUAUGUGUGUAAUUAUUUAUCACAGUAAACGAUUCAUUCACGGAUAACGAGGCUCGUUGCGGACGGAUAAGAGCGAGCCGAGUGGCGGAAAGGCCGGUGCGCCAGGCUGCUAUACGUUCUUUCCUCUCGGGGAUGACGGAACACGAGCAGAACGCGAUGUUCGCGCGGGUGUCGUCGGCGGUCUUUUACGGGCUGUCGUCGUUCAUGAUAACGGUCGUCAACAAGACCAUCCUCACGUCGUACGGCUUCCCGUCCUUCCAAGUGCUGGGGAUCGGCCAGAUGCUCGCGACGAUCCUGGUCCUGCUCGUCGCGAAGAAGCUGCGGUACGUCGAGUUCCCGAGUCUCGAGGUGGCGACCUUCACCAAGAUCUGGCCACUGCCGUUGAUAUACAUCGGCAACAUGAUAUUCGGCCUGGGCGGCACCAAGCAGCUGAGCCUGCCGAUGUUCACCGCCCUGAGGCGAUUCAGUAUCCUCAUGACGAUGAUCGCCGAGUACUACAUCCUCGGCAUCAAGGCGCGCCUGUCCAUACAGCUGAGCGUUUACACGAUGAUCCUGGGCGCGGUGGUGGCCGCGCUGAACGAUCUCGCCUUCAAUCUCGAGGGCUAUAUCUUUAUCCUGUUGAACGAUUUUUUCACCGCCGCCAAUGGUGUAUAUAUGAAAAAGAAGCUGGAUUCUAAGGAAUUAGGAAAAUACGGACUGAUGUAUUACAAUUCUUUGUUCAUGCUCGGCCCGACGGUCCUGCUGGCCUGGUGGAUGGGCGACAUCACCCUGGCGCUCGAGUUUCCCGGCUGGACCAAUCCGUUUUUCGUCCUGCAGUUUGUAUUGUCGUGCAUAAUGGGCUUUGUACUGUCGUACAGCACGCUCCUCUGUACGCUGUACAACUCCGCGCUGACGACCACCAUAAUCGGAUGUCUGAAAAAUAUAUGCGUGACGUAUCUCGGCAUGGUGAUCGGCGGGGACUACAUAUUUUCGUUGUUGAACUUUGUAGGAUUGAAUUUAAGUGUGAUAGGUAGCUUAGUGUACACUUGGGUAACGUUUCGCAAAAGAGAGAGUCAGCCGAAGUACACUUUGGCUCGAUCUCAGGCCAGUCAGAUACAAGCCAUAACAACACGGUUUCUCAGACCUUCUUACUUUCCUCGCUCGGUUUCAGGCCGUUUCGCGACCGCCUGCAAGGCGUACCUGGAGGAUUAUGCCAAGCACCAUGUAUCCCUAUCCCCCCUGCAGCGUGUGCUUCUCACGAUGGGCUCGGCGGCUGUAUCGUUGGCGAAUCCGUAUCGAGGUGACAUGAUAGCGUGUCUCGGGGAGACUACCGGUACAAACGCCCUCGUGCGCUGUCAUCAACGGAUGAAGGAUACGAGCGAGGGUCAACGUGUACUUGCGCAAAAGCCACGCGUAAACACGUCCGCCGUCGACCUCGCUUACCUCAGAGACCUGCCGCCAGGAACUGUGGGCAGAACGUAUCGCGAUUUCUUGGUUGACAAUAAUGUGUCGCCCGACGAUAGACUUGCGGUGCAGUUCGUCAACGAUAUCGAACUGGCCUACGUGAUGCAACGAUAUCGGGAGGUGCACGAUAUCUUUCACGCUAUGCUCCUAAUGCCGACGACGAUGCUAGGAGAGGUGUCGGUUAAGUGGGUAGAGGCUUUGCAGCUGCGUUUGCCGAUGUGCAUAACUGGUGCGAUAUUCGGAGCUAGUCGACUACGUCCUAGACAGAGGCAAUUAUACUUGAAUCAUUAUCUCCCGUGGUCUAUAAAUACCGGAUUGAAUGCGAAGUUCUUGCUAGGGAUAUAUUUCGAGGAACGCUGGGAACAGUCUCUCGAGGAUUUUCACAAAGAAAUGAAUAUCGUACGCCUCGUAUGAAACUGUAACAAUAAAUUAUAACAAUUGUUGAUAAGGUUGUAAAUAAUUAUUUACUUAAUUGUCAGUAAUUAGAUGGGAAAUAAAGUUUUAGUACUCCUAAA